UAUUGCUUUUUAAAUUUUUGAUUUUUCAAUUUAUCGUUUUACAAAAUUUUUAGUCAAAUUAAUAUUUUACUGAUUAAAAAAUCGUAACUGUAAAAAUGUUACUGUUACAAUUUAUUUGUUUGUGUUUAUUUUUAAUUUGUAUUGUGGAGUUUUCUAAAGCAAAGACAAAUUAUAGCAUCUAUAAAAAUGCGUUAAAAAACCUUUUCUCAUAUAAUGGAUGGACAAAUUUGAAUGACGUGGUAAGUGUUACUUUUUACGGUAAAGAUCACACUAUAAAUGAGUCCCUUGAAGGGACAAUCGCCUACAAAAAUUUUGAUAAUAAAGUACGUUUUGCUACUCUUAUACUUGGAUGUUCGUAUGUUAAAGAUUUGAAGACUUUUCAUUUUAUAUGUGAAUCAUUUAGAACUCAUUGUCAAAUGUUAUACGACAGAAAAUAUCCCAACCUUUUAGUUUAUGACUGCACGAAUAAGUUAAUAAAAUUAAUAUAUGAAAUCAAUUCAUUAUUUGGAAUAUUGCAAGGAGCGUUACGAGCUUUAGACACAAUGCACAAUUAUCCAUCGAAUGAAAAAAGUAACACUGACUUUAUAUACUAUCAUUUGUUUUCUACUUUACAAAAAAAAUAUGACUCUUUAAAAACAUGUUUCCUCUCAGAGAAUAAUUCAGAAAAUAUGUUAAAACAUUUAUUUAAUUAUUUUAACGGAAAUCAGUCUAUAAUUGGUCAUAUGAAUAAACAUUGUAAUUAUAUUCCUUAUGAUUUGGAUGUGAUAUUGAAAGAAUUGAAUGAUGAACAUAAAACUAUAACUAAUAAAGGCGAAACACUGUAUUUAUUUGAUUACUUAAGUGAAAGGUUGCAUGAUCAAAUUAAGCACAUAUUGGUUAACAAAUUUAUUGAACUUGGUUUUAAAAUUGAUUUUCCGUCUCAAAAUAUGGCUACAUCAUAUGCAACACAAUUUUUAUAUUCAGCAAUCAUUAAUGAAGAAUUAGAAGUUGCAUCAGAAAAUCGUAGAAACACGCCAGUACUAAUCGACUUUUUUGCGCAAGGAUUGAAUCCUGCUGAAUCCUCAUCACAAGGAAUUUCAGAACCAAUGGAAGUUGAUAGUGAAACAUCAACCCCGUUUAAAUUUAUAUAAGUAAACAUUACUCAUUUAUUCAUUAUAUAAAUUUAAUAAGAAAUAUUAUUGUUUUGUAAUGAACUUUUAAGUUAAAAAUUAAAUUAAAUUUUCUUUCA